AUGUUCUUUCAACUGCUAAAAUGUGGCUCAAUUGCGAUAGGGAUAGUCGCUGCUCUCUAUUGCACACUUCUUAGACUUUUGACCACGUCAUGGUUCCAGGCACAUGUCGUCUAUCUACACGCUAUCCAGAUGACUUGGGGUAAAGACCUUGAUGUUCCUGAGAUCUUCGGCUUCCUUCAUAACCAAAUCACCCCCUUCAACAUACAGUCUGCCAGCGGCGAAAACCUCUACGCAUGGCACGUCUUGCCUGUAGAGUUGUAUCGAAACCACGAGCACAAGCUAUUAACACAGCCAUCGGGCUUCUCGUCCGACAUCACAUCCAGCCUUUCAUUCCAAUUGCUUCAAGAUGAUCCUGAAGCUAUACUUGUCAUUCACCUCCAUGGCGCUGGUGGUACUGUAGCAUCUGGAUACCGCUGUCCCAACUAUCGAGCACUGUCCGCUGGUCGACCUGACAAGAUCCAUGUGCUCACUUUCGACUAUCGUGGUUUUGGACGGAGCCCAGGCUCACCCGGCGAGAGUGGCCUUAUUGUGGAUGCCUUGUCCGUUGUCGAAUGGGCUAUUAAUGUGGCCAGAAUCCCGCCAUCUCGUAUUCUUAUUUACAGCCAAUCUCUGGGAACUGCUGUGAACAUGGCUGUUGCUGAACAUUUUGCCUUGCAAGAACCGCCAGUCGUAUUUGCUGGACAUAUCUUGACUGCACCCUUUAUCGACGUAAUCACUCUUGUAUCAACAUACAGUAUAGCGGGCACCGUUCCCAUCCUGGGACCUUUAGCGAAGAUUCCAGUGCUGUUCAACUACCUGCGCAAAUACAUCAACGAUAAGUGGUCAACCAAAGAUCGAAUUGCCUCGUAUGUCAAAGCGAAUGAGGCCAAUGGCAUCAAAUAUCGCAUCACCAUGAUUCAUGCCGAAGACGAUUAUGAUAUCCCAUGGACACAUACUCCACAACUAUUCUGGCAUGCCGUCAACGCAACAAAGCCAAUGGGCAUGAGUUUCGAAGAGCUUGAGCUACUCAAGGCAAAGUCUAGAGUUGACCAUGGGCCCGCGGGCAGUGUGGUAGAAUGGAAGACUGAUCAUGGCAUAAUCAGAGAGGAAAUAUUGAAGUACGGUCUGCACGACGUGAUCAUGGGCAAUCCUGUAGUAACCUUGGCUGUCAUGAGGUUGCUGGGUCCAUGA